AUGGGGCUGCCCCUCAGCUACGACAGCAGCAGCAGCAGCAGCAGCAGCAGCAGCAGCUUGAGCUCCAGGUAUCCUGGCUACACUUCUCCAGCUGCAGCAGCUGCUGCCACUUACCUCCCCAGCUCUUACACUCCAGUGUCUCCUGUCUAUUACGGCAUGACCCCUAGCUACAGCAGCAGCAGCAGCAGCAGCAGCGGCAGCAGCAGCUACUACGGGUCUCCUUUCUCUAGUAUGGUGCCGGGGCUGUACUUGUCUUCCUCAGCGGUUCCCAUAACAAUGCCUGCAGCAGCAGCAACAGUGCCAGCAGCAACAACAGCAGCAGCAGCAGCACCAGCAACAACAGCAGCAGUAGCAGCACCAGCAACAACCGCAGCAGCAACAGUAGCAGCAACAACAGCUGCAACAACAACGGAAGCAGCAGCACCAGCAGCAGCGCCAUCACCCGCUUCUACUGCUGCUGGAGAGACAAGCAGCCAGUCUGCUGCUGGCCCCACACAAGAGCAGCAGCAGCAGCAGCAAACUGAGAUGACCGCUGCAACUCCAGCAGCAGCAGCAGCAGCAGCAGCACAAGCAGAAACAGCAGCAACGGAAGCAUUAGUAGAAACAGCAGCAAUGAACUUGCCUGCUGCAGUCUUGGCGGAGCUCACUGAAACUAUACGGACAAGAGAAGAGCAGCAACAGCAGCAGCAACAGCAGCAGCAGCAGCAGCAGCAGCAGCAGGCGAUGUCUCUUUCGAUGCUUCCUGAGGCCGUGGCAGCACUAGCUUCAGCGGCCCCACAAGAGUCACACACUGCAGCAGCAGCAGCAGCCGCAGCAGCAGCUGCAGCUGAAGCAGCAACAGCUGCAGCAGAAGCUGCGAGAGCAGCAGCAGCAGCAGAAGCAGAAGCUAUCGCAAAAGCUGCUGCUGCAAUGGCAGCACUGCAGCAGGCGUUGCAGAGCCCCACCUCUCCUGCUUUAGCAGAGACAGCAGCAGCAGAAGCAGCAGCAGCAGAAGCAGCAGCAGCAGAAGCAGCAGCAGCAGAAGCAGCAGCGGCAGAAGCCGCUGCAGCAGAAGCCGCAGCAGCAGCAGCAGAGACAGCAGCAGAAACAGCAGCAGUUGAGACAGCGGCUGCAGAAACAGCAGCAGCAGCAGCAACAGACGCAGUGUUGGUUAUAGCUUCAGAAGCAGCAGAACAGCAGCAGGAAGCAGCAACAGCUGAAGCUGCUGCUGCUCUGUCUCGAGAAGAGACAGCAGCAACUGAAGCAGUAGCAGCAGCAAUUCAGCAGACAGUCAUGGAGAGAGUUCCAGAAGAACCUGCAGCAGCAGUUGCGGCAGUUGCAGCAGCAGCAGCAGCAGCAGCAGAACCAGAGACUUCUCAAGGCACACAAACCAACACAGAGAUGGAGACACAAAACGCAGAAACGGAGACAGCCACUGCAACUGAGCAGCAGCAGCAGCAACAGGAGCAGCAACAGCAGCAGCAACAGACUGAGCAGGGGCAGCAGCAGCAGCCUGAGCAGCAACAGCAGCCUGAGCAGCAGCAGCAGCAGCAGCCUGAGCAGCAGCAGCCUGCAGAGCAGCAGCAGCAGGAAUAUCAGCCUCAACAGGAACAGCUGCAGCAGCUGGAGCAGCAGCAGCCCGAGCAGCAGCAGGCCCAGCAGCAGCAGCCUGAGCAGCAGCCUGUGCAGCAGCAGCAGCAGCAGCAACAGCAAGAGACAAUUGAACACCCACCGCUAUCUGCUGCAGUUGAGGCAGUGAUCGCAGCAGCAGCGGAGACUGCAGCAACAGCAGCACAGCCAGCAGCACCUGCCCAAGAGGCAGCUGAAGCAAUGGCAGCAGUGGCAGCAGCAGCAGCAGGAGCCACUGAACCAGCAGCAGCAACAACACAAGCAGAAGCAGCUGAAGCAGAAAUGCAAUCCGCCGCAGCAGCAGCAGCAACAGCAAUCCCUGAGACUCUAAACGAGCCUUUGUCUCACCUACAGGCCCAAGCAGAUGCAGAGCCUCACGAGCAGCAGCAGCAGCAGCAGCAGCAGCAGCAGCAGCAAGAGCAGCAGCAGCAGCAGCAGCAGCAGCAGCAGCAGCAGCAGCAUGCGCCAGAUAUGGAGACUGCCUAUGAGGCCACUGGGGCCCUGCCAAGUAUGCCAGUUUCUGAGCAAGCAGAAGCAGCAACAGCAGCAGUAGCAGCAGCGGCAGCAAAUGCAUCUCCCCCUUCUCUCUCUGCUGUUCUCGACGAGGCAAUGGAAUUUGCAGCAACAGCAGCAGCAGCAGCAGAGCCGUCUGCUGCAACAGCAGAAGAAGAGGAAGCAGCAGCAGCAGCAGCAGAAAACGGGCUGCUGCCUUCUCUAGACUCAGAGGAGCCGUCGCUGCUGCCGGCCAUCGAUGAGCUGCUGGAUUUCCAAAGGGAAGCAGCAGCAGCAGCAGCAGCAGCAGCAGCAGAAUCAGCAGCAGCAGCACCCGAGGCUGCACCUGCAGCAGCAGCAGCACCAGCAGCAACGGCUGAGCAGCUGCUGCUGCUGCUGCACCCCACUGAGCCAAACGAAGAGGCGCAAAUAGAAGCCCUCUACGAAGGCCUAGUGGCACAAGCUGAAAGUCAGCAGCAGCAGCAGCAGCAGCAGCAGCAGCAGCAGCAGCCGCAGCAGCAGCAGCAGCAGCAGCAAGAGCUGCAGCGCAGCGCACAGCAGCCAGAGCAAACCCAGGAGACACACGAGGAGUACAACGAGCAGACAUACAGCACCCAGGAGCAGCAGCAGCAGCAGCCGCAGCAGCAGCAGCAGCAGCAGCAGCAGCAGCAUGAGAUCAUCAGUCGCUUGCUCGGCAGCGGCGUGAGUCCUGCUGCUCUUGCAGAGUCCCUUAAUAGAUUGGCUGAGACUCUGGGCCUCACAACAGCCCCGUGGGUUCCUGCUGCAGCACCUGCUGCUGCUGCUGCUCCUGCUGCUGCUGCUGCGUCUGCUGCAGCAGCAGCAACUCCAGCUGCUGCCGCUACUACUGCUGACGCUUACCAACAGCAGGCUCUCCAAGCUGCAGCAGAGCAGCAGCAAGAAGACGCAGCGCCAGCCUUGCAGUACCACGAGGCAGAAGAACAGCAGCAGCAGCCGCAGCAGCAGGAGCAGCUGCUGCUGCAGCAGCAGCAGAACUCCGUUGUCGCUGGAGAGGAGCAGCAGGCAUAUGUUGUUGUCAUGGAGGAGCCGCAGCAGCAGCAGCAGCAGCAGCAGCCGGAGCUGCAGCAGCAGUAUGCCGUGGUCACUGAAGUGGAGCAGCAGCAGCAGCAGCAAACAGAGCCUCAGCAGCAGUACGUAGAUGUGACUAAGGAAGAAGAGGAGCAGCAGCAGCAGCAGCAGCAGCCUGAGCUGCAGCAGCAGUAUGCCGUGGUCACUGAAGAGCAGCAGCAGCAGCAGCACUACGUGCUAGUGCAGCAGCAACCGCAGCAGCACCAGUACCUCAUUGCUGAAGAGCAGCAAGAAGAUCAGCAGCAGCCACAGCUGCAGCAGCAGUAUCUGGAAGCUGAAGAGCAGCAGCAGCAGCCGGAGCAGUAUGUAGUAGUGGCUGAGGGGGAGGAAGAGCAGCAGCAGCAGCAGCUGCAGCAGCAAUAUGCCGUUGCUGAAGAGCAGCAGCAAGAAGAGCAGCAGCAGCAAUACGCCGUUGCCGAAAUGCAGCAUCAGCAGCCCGUUGCCGAGGAGCAGCAGCAGCAGCCGGAGCAGCAGCAGCAGCCGGAGCAGCAGCAGCAAUAUGCCGUUGCCGAGGAGCAGCAGCAAGAAGGGCAGCAGCAGCAGCAGCAGCAGCAGCAACAACCAGAGCUCGAGCAGCAGUAUCUUGUAGCUGAAGAGCAGCAUCCCCAGCAGCAGCAGCAGCAGCCGCAAACGCAACAGCAGAUUGUAGCUCAUGAAGAACAGCAGCAGCAACCGCAGCAGCAGCAGCUUCUAUCAGAGCAAUAUGCUGCUGAGGAAGAGCAGCAGCAGCAGCAGCAGCAGCAGCAGCAGCAGCAGAAAUACAAUGAGGUGCCGGAGGCCAAUCCUGAGGACUCUGUGGGGGUUGUGCCGGCAGAAGUGCAGCAGCAGCUGCUGCAGCAGCAUGUAGAGCAGCAGCAGCUGCUGCUGAUGCAGCACGAGGAGGUGCAGCAGUAUGCCCAUGACCAGCAGCAGCAGCAGGAGCAGCAGCAGCAGCAGCAGCAGCAUGAACAGCAGCAGAAAGAGCACCAGCACGAACAAGAGCAGCAGCAACGCCACGAGCAAGGCCGUGUGCACAUCUUCUACAAACCUCAGCAGCAGCAGCAGCAGCAGCAGCAGCAGCAGCAGCAGCAGCUCUACAAUGAAUACGAAAGUACUGCUGCGUCCCCCCAAGACCAGGUGUACUCUGCAUACGGAGAGGAGGAGGAGCAUCAGCAGCAGCAGCAGCAGCAGCAGCCGCAGCAGGAGCAGCAGCAGCAGCAGACACCGCAGCUGCUGAGGCAACAAAUGAUGCGCCAGCAGCUGCAGCAAAUGAAGCAAGAAGUUGUGCUGCAGGAGAGAAUUACAGGCAUAAUUGACGUGCCAGACAUAGAGCAAUACUCGCAGCAGCAGCAGCAGCAGCAGCAAGAGCAGCAGCAGCAAGAACAGCCGCCGCAGCAGCACGAACAGCAGUCAGAGGCGCAUCCGCAGCAGCCGCAGCAGCAGCCGCAGGAGCCAGCAGCGCAGCAGCAGCAGCAGCAGCAGCAGCAAGAACUGGAAGCAGAGAAGCAGCAAGAUCUAACAAGACAAGAAGCAGCAGGUGAGGGGAAACCCCCUGUGCGGCUGCUGCAGCAAAGGGACAGCCGGAGGCGCCACCGGGGAAUGGGGCGAGGGGGGCAGGUGUUUGCUGCUGCAGCAGACAGCAGCAGCAGCAGCAGCAGCAGCAGCAGCUAUAGCGCUGCACCAGUCCCUUCUCGUGCGCGUCGCAGGGCCUACUACAGAAGAGAAUGGGAUGGGAGUGGCAGCAGCAGCAGCAACAUCAGCAGCAACAUCAGCCGCAAUAACCGAGGCAGCAGCAGCAGCAGCCGCAGAAGCAAUGAACUAAGGAGACACGGCAGCAGCAGCAGCAGCACGGACGUAGAAGAAGAAGAAUUCGAUUUCGAGGAAGAAGAGGAAGAAGAGCCUCCCAGCAGCAGCAGCAGCAGGAGCGGCAGCAGCAGGAGCAGCAGCAGCAGCAGCAGCAGCAGCAGACCAGUUGCAGCAACCAACACACCACGCAGCGUGAUUAGGACAGGUGCAGCACCAACAGCAGCAGCAGCACCACGAACAGCAGCAGAAAGUGCAGCAGCAACCCCACACAUUCAGUACGAACGCACCACCAACAGCAGCAGCAGCAGCAGCAGCAGAGGGAGCAGCAGCAGAUUCCGCGCAGCAGCAGAUGAAUGGGAGGAUGAGGGCGAGUGGGAAGAAUAA